AUGGCAACAGAAGCUUCGUCUGAUAAAUUCCUCGAGGAGAUCGACGAAACCUUUCUGAACUGUGGUGUAUGUUCUGAACGCUACAGUAACGCCAAAGUACUUCCGUGUCAGCACAGCUUCUGUGAGCAUUGUCUCGUUAAGUUGGUCGAAAAGACCGGUCAACCUAUUCACUGUCCACUAUGUAGACGUAAACACUACAUUAAGGUAUCUGAUCUUCCAAGUAAUUAUUUUAUUAAUGAGAUUUCAGAAGCGUUUAAAAACCGCGAUGUUGGAUCAAAGGAACCGAAGCAGUGUGUGUGUGAAAAAAGCCAUGUCAGUUACAGAUGUUUGGAUUGUGCAAUGGAUAUUUGCGACGGAUGCGCAAGGGCACACCUACAUAUACCACUAACAAGAUCACAUCGUAUCACCUCAUUGGAGUCAUACCAAAGUUCGAUUGUCAAUGACCCUAGCUCAGUCUAUUCGACAACGUACUGUGAUAAGCAUACCGAUUCGCCUGUGAAAUUCUACUGUGAUUCGUGUGAAGUAGCAAUCUGUCUAGAGUGCACAGUGAUUGAUCAUCGUGAUCAUAAGCAGAGAUAUCUGAAAGACGCAGCAGCUGAGUAUAAAAACGAACUUGUAGUAAACGCAGAACAACUAAAGGUGAAAGAAAAUGAAGUACGUGACAGUAAAGAUACAACACAACGGAUGGCUGAUUCGUUGGAAACCCGCUUUCGACAAGAAAAGAAACGCCUUGAAAACCACACGGAGAAGACGAUUGAAGAAGUCACGAGAAAAAUACGAAAUGCAAGUAAACAACUGAUAGACGCGCUGAAAGAUGAAUACAAGAAUAGGGAAGUGAAUUUAAGAGUACAAAUAAAAGAACUGGAAAGUUCCGAAAAUUCAAUAAAGUAUGCCAGGGAAUACACGAACAAUCUGAUGCAUUAUGGGAAUCCAGUACACAUGAUGUCAGCAAAGAAUGGAGUGACGUCACUGUUAACAGAAAUACAGACACUAGAGACGAAACAAACACCUGCUGACGAUGACGACAUUCAGUUUAUUCCAUCAGAAAACUCCUCCUUGAUACAAGUACUCGGUACAUUGCAAUGUAAACCACCAUAUGUCAUAGGUCAUAUACCAGAUAUGACAAGAGUUGGUGACAAGAUCGAUAUCACUGUGACCCCAAAGAAGGAAAUAUCUCCACACAAAAGCAGUCACUGA